AUGUUUCGCCUCGUCACCGCUCUUGCCGCUAUCGCGUCAGUCGCGCUCUCUGCCGCCGAGAAGACGGCGCUCCUCAUCAUCGACGUCCAGUACGACUUUGCCUCGCCGAAUGGCUCGCUACCGGUGACGAACGGCGAAGCCGUCAUCCCCGUCAUCAACCACCUCCGCGCCAAGGGCAAGUGGGAUAUGAUCGUCACGACGCAGGACUGGCACCCCAAGGAACACAUUUCGUUCUACUCGCGCUGGAAGAGCGAUCCGAGCGCUCAUAUGUACCAGCCGUACAAGCUGCCCGCAUCGACAAAGUGGCCCGCGGACUCGAUCCAGGUGCUCUGGCCCGACCACUGCGUGCAGGAGAGCGACGGCGCCAAGUUCCACAAAGACCUUGUCGUGGAUGCCACGCAAGACGUUGUCAUCAAGAAGGGGUCCAACCCCGACCUCGACUCGUACUCGGCGCUGCUCGAAAACGACCACAAGACCGAGACGGCUUUGCCCAAGAUGCUCAAGGACGCCGGCAUCACGAAGCUCGUCGUAGUCGGGCUCGCGGAAGACUACUGCGUCGGCUCGACGGCCUUCGACGCCAAGACUGUGUACAAGUUCGACGUGACAGUCAUCUCGGACGCGACCGCCCCCGUCGCCGCCGCCACCCAGGAGACGAUGUAUGCCAAGCUCAAGGCCGCCGGUGUCGUCUACAAGACGUCGGCCGAGUACUUGAACCACCCUGCGUGCUAA